AUGGAAAGCGAAGCUAAAGGCAAAGCUGGAUCGACAGCAGUAUCGGUUUUCGUUCCACUCGUUGCGCCGAUGAUCGAGAGUACAUCGCACGCAGCGUCAGUGAAUGGAAGCGAAGAAAAAAGCAAGGAACAUCUGCAGCUUGUUCUAGCCGAGCUUGCUGGAGGUUCUGUGCGACCUGGAGUGGAAAUUGACAAGAAAGACCUGACCAAUGAGCUACUUCUGGGCAAGAUCGAUGAUAUCCUCACCACAGUGAAGAACAACACGGUGCCAACGUUGCGGCUGAGUUCAAGGUUGCAGUACGGAUGA